AUGGAAUCCCAUGUAAAAUUAUGUACUGACAAGUCAGGUGGUAAAGAUGGAAAUGAGUUUGGCCGCAAUUUGAUAGAUAUUUCUGGAACCACAUUUGAUUCCCUAAGUAUCGACACCACGACGAAUGGUAAUUCAUCGACCAAGGUAAAUUAUACUACUGAGGGUUCCCUAAUAUCACCACUUGAAUCUUCCAUUGUAGAUAGUCCACUUGAGGUUGACCAUGAGGAAAAUUGCAAGGUACUAUAUGGAGAAACUAUAUUGAGCAGAAGCGAAUCAACAAUGGAGAAUUCAUAUGAUUGCAAGCCAGAGCAAUGCAUGAAAGAUUCAUUGAAAGAAUACAACAUGGUGUACACAUGUGAUAUGGCAAUAGGGUCUGAUGGAGAAAGAAAUGUGUCACCUGAUUCUAAUGUCUCCAGGCUUGUCACCAAUGAUCAAGUUGAAGAACCUAAAGUCACUGAGAAUGGAGUACCAUUUGAUGCUUAUAUCAACAAAAACAAGGCUUCUUCAGAGGAAAGUAAUGCUGCUUCAGAAGAAAAACAUUAUUUGGAUCCUGAAGCCAAAAGGAUUUCUCUUAUUGAAGGGUUAACUGUAGUUAAUUGCAGACAUGAAGGGGAGAGUUACAAGAGUACAAUUGAAGAAACAAAUGAAAAGCCAGAAGCUUCACAUGUCAUGGUAAAUAAUUUGGAGGACACAAAAAUGUCAGAAGAAUGCAACUGUGAUCUGAUAACUAAAAAUCAGGAAGAAUCUUUGUUGCAAAAUAAUUCCUCUUUGUUGCAUAUCUAUGAUGAUCAUCAGGGAAAUGUAAAGCAAGACAAAAGUUUUACUGCUACCAGCAUGCCAAGCUUAGAUUGGAAGCAAACAAAUAAGACCAAGAACUUUGGCCACACCAUUGACAACCUUGAUUCUUCUAAGUUAACAGUUCCAUCAGUGGACUUGGUUGGUGAUGAAACAUUUGAGAAAGAAGGAGAAGAAGAUCCACAACAUGCAGAAGUAGCUUCAUCUGCCGGGGGAGAACUAACAACUUCAACAGUUACCAUGUCCAUUGAACCAUGUUCAAACAAGUCCAUAUUUGAAAAUGGUGGCUAUGAAACAAGGGACAGUGUAACAAGGCUCAGUACUGAAUCAAACCCUGACAAUUCAAACACCUCUUGUCAGAUGCAAAAGUCACCAAGCUUCAAUCUCAACCUCAGAAAGGAAGCAAGGCCUGAAGAAUCGGAUCAGACUCCUUUGCUUCAUCAGAAUAAGUCUGCAAAUGAAAGCUUAUCAAAACAGACUAGUCUGAAUCUCGUCAACUCAAUGCCUCAUGCUCAAUAUGAGCAGUGCAUGUUACACAGCGAAGAAAUGCCAGUGGAAGAGAAAAUAGUUACUAUGGAAAGAAGUUACUCAAAGAAAUCUAAAGCCCCAUUCAUAGGCCUCUUAAAAGAAGAGGAAGAAGCUCAUCUUCUAGGCAUGGCACAGAUACAAGACAACCAUGUUGGCACAAAGAAUACAGUGUCAUCUACUUUACCUAAGCCAAAAGAGAAGCGAAAGCCUCGGUCUUCCUUCUUCUGCAGUUGCAUGUGUUGUGCAACAGUACCUUGA